AUGUCUUCCAAAACUCUAUUCGCUUUGACCGUCCUCGCACUCUUCUUCCUCUCAUCCGUCUCUGCCCAUGGACACAUGUUCGAUCCAAAAAUUCGCAUCGCUCCCGGAGAUGAAAACAACGGAUUAACUAUCACUCGAGGUCCAACAAAAGUCAGUCCAUGCGCGGGAUUGCCAGCCGGUCCAGUACAGUCAACAUUCAACGCUGGUCAGAGCAUCAAUAUUCAAUGGGAAAUCGGUGCUGCUCAUAAGGGACAAUGCUUUGUUGAAUUAUCGACCGAUGGAGAACAGACCUUUACCGUGUUGCAACAAUUGCCCAACUGCGCUGACGCUGUCGGAACUGAUUUCCAGGCCCCUGUUCAAUUGCCAAACAUUAAUUGCGACAAGUGCGUGCUCAGAUGGAGAUGGGAAGCGGCAUUGACCGGUGAGUUAUACUUGAACUGUGCCGAUAUUAGCAUUACUGGCGCAAAGAAAGCAAGGAAAACACGAAGAUCCAGCAAGCGAAGAUUGAGCGCAACUCAGAAAUUAGUAGCAAGGGAAAUUAAAAACUUCUUUGAUGAGAUUGACAUGUGA